UGACACUUCACUCUCUUUGCCAGUUGGACCACCCUCGUUGACCAGCUCGUUGGGGUCAGGACAUUCUUCGCGACACUCUCCACUCUAUUGUUUUUUGGUGCUUUCAAUUGAACUUUCAUUCCCCUUCCUCUGCCGUCGACGAUUUUCCGCUCUCCGUUGACCGGGGCUUUCAUUCAUAAAUCAUGUCCACAACCACAGGAGCCUUUAUUGCAGGUGGCAUUGCAGCAUGUGGAGCGGUCACAGUCACCCACAGUUUCGAGACAGUUAAGAUUCGCUUGCAACUGCAGGGUGAAUUACAAGCAAAGACCGAUGCGGCGAAGAAGUACAAGGGCGUCACGCACGCCGUCAAGGUUAUUCUACAAAACGAGGGCCCUCGCGGGUUAUUCCGCGGGAUCGGUGUUGCUUAUAUAUACCAAAUUCUGCUCAACGGCUGCCGUUUAGGGUUCUACGAGCCCGUGCGCACGACUCUCACUUCGGCGCUUUAUAAAGACCCGCAGGUUCAAUCUCUGGGCAUCAAUGUUCUCGCUGGCGCUUCGUCCGGUAUCAUUGGUGCUGCCGCCGGCUCUCCAUUCUUCCUGGUCAAGACUCGUCUCCAGUCCUACUCUCCAUUCCUUCCUGUCGGCACGCAGCACAACUACCGCAACUCAUUCGACGGUCUGCGCAAGAUCUAUACCACGGAAGGUGUGAACGGGCUGUACCGAGGUGUGGGCGCUGCCAUGGUCCGGACUGGAUUUGGUAGCUCUGUUCAGUUGCCGACCUACUUCUUUGCCAAGCGCCGUCUCACGAAGCAUUUGGGCAUGGAAGAAGGCCCGGCCCUUCACCUGGCCAGUAGCACGGCCUCCGGGUUUGUUGUCUGCUGUGUCAUGCACCCCCCAGACACCAUCAUGUCUCGAAUGUAUAACCAGACUGGUAACCUGUACAAGGGCGUUUUCGAUUGCCUGUACAAGACUAUCCGCACGGAAGGUCUGCUUGCCAUAUAUAAGGGCUAUUUCGCUCACUUGGCCCGUAUCCUGCCCCAUACCAUUUUGACCCUUUCCCUGGCCGAACAAACCAAUCGGUUCAUGCGGAAGGUCGAGGACCGACUGCUCUCCGAUGACCUGAAGUCGCGCAUUUGAAUGAAGAGGGGUUAGAACUGUAGUGAACCGUGAAAGAGGGCGAAGUCUUUGAUUUGAUCUUUGGCUAGUCGAAUACCCGGGCGAUGGUUAAUAAGAGGCGUUUGAUCUUGGGUUAUCCCGUCACAUGAUUAUAGAGAAUUUGUACAUACAUAUGAAAGAAUACUACAUGUAGAC